GAGCUGGAACCGGCGUAAGGCAGUGGGUGUCCUGCGGGAGAAGCUUUUUGCCUGGCUAGGUCUUUUUCUUCGUGUGAGCUUGACUCCCACAUUUUAGAUGAAAGGGGCUCUAUCUCCUAAGUUGCUUCCAGCUUGAAACUCCGGGCCCGUCUCAGGUUCGGAGGCUAUUAGUGAAGUUCUAAAGGUUUCCCGAAGAUAGAAAAGACAGACGGGAAGUUUGUUUCUUCUUUUCGCGUAUGUCUCCAGCGCUCAGCACCGCCUGGCCCGUAACUAGAGCUCAGAAAAUGCUUGUCCAUCUAUAGAUGGGUAGCUUUGCCAUCUCCCAGUUUGACACGCUUUUUUUUUUUGUCUCCAUCUGGUCGCGUGAUAACUGAGGCUUACUUAGUGUCAGACUCGGAUGGCUUGGGUCUCACUUUUUGCGUUCCCUCCCACUCUGUUACAGCAGCCUAUAAGAUGAUGAGCUUGCUUCCCUUCCCCCCCCCCCAAAAAAAAAAACCCUAGGCUUGUCACCUUUUCUGCUAAGCCUACUAAGGAAACGCAAAUAUGUUUAAUCGAGUUAAACGUAGGGAAAUCGUUGACAACUUAAGCAGAUUUUUGGAGAUCACACGGAACUAAUGUGUACUGUGGACAGAGCACUGUGUUGAAUAUAUGGCAAAAACUAAAAGAUACAGUUUGGCAGUAGGUCCUCCUAAAAGAGAUCCCAAAGUCAAGGGUGUCCAGUCAGCAGCAGUGCAGGCUUUCCUCAAGCGGAAAGAAGAAGAGUUAAGGAAAAAAGCCUUAGAGGAAAAGAGGAAAAAAGAAGAGUUGGUGAAGAAACGCAUAGAGCUAAAACAUGACAAGAAAGCAAGAGCCAUGGCAAAGCGGACAAAAGACAACUUCUAUGGUUAUGAUGGGAUUCCUCUUGAAGAGAAAGCAAAGAAAAAACAUGGAAUUGAGGGACCCACAGGACAAGAAGCAGACCAAGAAUGUUCCAAUGAGGAGGACACAGAGCCACCUUUGGAAUAUUGUCAGACAGAGUCAGAGAAUGAGGAGUUUGAGGAGUAUGAGGAGCAGGAAGCACCCCUGAAGACUAUACCAAAACCAAAGGCCCCCCUCAGAAGUGCCCCUCCACCCAUGAACUUCACGGACUUACUCAGGCUGGCUGAGAAGAAGCAGUAUGAACCUGUGGAGAUUAAGGUAGUAAAGAAAAUAGAAGAGCGGCCCAGAACUGCAGAAGAACUGAGAGAAAAAGAAUUCUUAGAACGGAAACACAAAAAUAUAGAUAGAGGAAAAGAGAAAAAGAUGCUUGAAAGAGAGAAAAGGCUAGUUCCUCCAACUAUGUCUAAAAAGGUCCCUUCUUCAAAAGAGAGUGUUAGUGAAAGACACAGAGGUCCUGGGGACAAGCAUUCCUCUUCCAGGGGGAGUCACCUUCCCCAUAUAGGUGCUGAGAAAAAAUCUAGAUCUUCUGCAACUACUGAGAAAACUAUGAGACUGCCAUCCAGUAAGUCCCAGCCAGGAGAGAGGACCAAAGCAAGCUCUGGAGAUACCUUCCAGCACUCACCAAGUGAAAGUCACAGCCUCUUACUCAAUGGGUCAGGGAAGUCCCGCUCUAGCUCCCAUUCUAUGGGCACAGGGAUCUCAAAGACUAUGGUUCAUGGGACUCAAAAAUCUAAUGAGCAUAGGCCCUCCAAAUCUCCUUCUUCCCAUCCCAGCCAUUCCAAGUCUGGGGUUGUCUCUACUCCACAUGAGAAGACAAGAAAUUCAGGUGCCAAGCACCCAGGGAACAAUUCUAACUCAACCUCAGGCCGGCCAGGUGUAGGGACUGCUCGGCCAGUCCAAAGCCCAAGCCCUAGGAAGCACGGUGGCAGCUCCAGCUCAGGACCCGAACAGCAAACCAGUGGAUCCAAACGUUUGGUUGGUGGCUCAGGCCCUAGUGGGCGACUUGUGAGUGGAUCAAGUGGCCGUGGGCAUCCUACAAGCAAUUUAGGAAGCUCUGGUAGGCCACUCAGUGGCACAAGUUCUACAGGACGGACAGUGACCCCAGUCGGACGACCUGUUAGUGGGUUGAAUGGCCCUGGGCGACCUAGUUCAGGUGGCCCUGGGAGACCCAUCAGCAAUGCAGGUGGCCCUGGGAGACCCUCCAGCAACUCAGGUGGCUCUGGGAGACUCUCUAGCAACUCAGGUGGCCCUGGGAGACCCACCAGUGGCUCAGGUGGCCCUGGGAGACCCACCAGCAGCUCAGGUGGUCCUGGGCAGACAGUCAGUGGCUCAGGAGGUCCUGGGCGGACAGUCAGCGGCUCGGGAGGUCCUGGGCGGACAGCCAGCAGCUCAGGUGGCCCUGGGCGGACAGUCGGUGGCUCAGGCCCCUCUGUGAAGCCCCGAUGCACAGUUGUUUCAGAAACUAUCUCUUCCAAGAAUAUCAUCAGCCGACCUAGCAAUGGAAUGGUGAAUGGAAUGAGACCCCCUCCACCUGGCUACAGACCUGCAGUAUAUCCACAAGGUGCCCAGAGGCCCCCUUUUCCCCCUAUGGCCAGGAAACGCUAUCUUGAGGAAGAUGAGGAUGAGGAGUAUGAUUCUGAAAUGGAGGACUUCAUUGAUGAUGAAGGAGAGCCUCAAGAAGAAAUAUCAAAACAUAUCCGGGAAAUCUUUGGAUAUGACCGUAAUAAAUACAAAGAUGAGAGUGAUUAUGCCUUACGUUACAUGGAAAGCAGUUGGAAAGAGCAACAGAAAGAGGAAGCCAAGAGCUUGAGACUUGGAAUGCAAGAAGACCUCGAAGAAAUGAGACGUGAAGAGGAGGAGCUCAAACGCCGGAAAGCCAAGAAAAUGAAACUGCGUUAGCAACAGUUUUUUUACCAUUGGGAGAAAACACUUUCUCGAGAACUCUCUACAGACUGGAAAAAAAACCCUUUCUCUCUUUGGAUUUUAUUUGGGGACUAGAGAAGGAGAUAUGUAAAGGAAGCACUGGAAAACAAGGCUGUGGUUUGAACAGAAAGUAUUUAUUUUUAAUACUUGCCAGGGUUAAAUCUGUAAUGCAGAUGAGAUGUAAUAUUCAUUUGAAUGUUUAUAUGAAAAUAGCUGUUCAAAGAUGCCAGCAAUGAUACUGAUGAGCUAUGCACACUGAUUGGGGGGGGGGGGGUCCACUCACCAGUUAUUAGCUAGUCACUUGUUAUUUAUUUGACACUUAAAAAUCAAGUGAGGAUUAUUGUUCUAUUUCCAUAGUUACUGCCCAGAUAGAUGGUAGGACACUUCCCUGCACCAAUAAGAUCAUGUCAUAGGCUUCUCUUAAGAAUAAUAACCUGUAACGUCAGUCUUUUUCACAAAUGUUGCCAGCAAUAAAGGAAUCUGCCCUGGCCUAUGUAUUUGAGAAUCCUGAGGUCUUAAAAUAAUAAUUUGACAAUAUAGAGUAGGCUUCAUAAUUUCAGAAUGGCUGCUAUUCCUAUGAAUUUGAAAUAAAAAUGUAAUAAAUUAUCUUGGACUCCAUAUUGUCCAAGGAUUGGAUGCUGAGCAUUUUCAAUCACAAAAUGUAUGUGUUAAUAUUGGAGUUAUAUAAGCUAUGCCUCUUGAUAUAAGACUAUUCUUUACCCAGUUUUCUUUACAGUUUUCUUAUGAUUACCCUGGUUCUAAGCCAAGGUAAAGUAGAAAAGGUCACUGUGUAGACUAAUUUUAUUUUUAAAAAUCCACUUUUAUAUUGAAGGAAAGAGUAUUCCUAAAUAAAGGAGUUCCUUUAUUCCAACGUUAGAUUUGGGAGCAUUAUAUCUAAAAUAGAAGCUAAAUAUGGCUUGGUUUUCCCCUCAGAGUUCCUCUAAGGUGCACUUUUAGUGCCUCUCAGUAUUAAGGAUUUGCAUGAAAUAUCUUAGUACUAAUCAUUUAAUGGCAAAAAAAAAAUGUAACAUAUAUCAAAAACCACCUCUUUUGCCGGCAUUGCACCUUUAUUUCAAGCUAUGCACUAUAAAGAAAGCCCACAAAGCCUUUCCCUCGGCAUUGUUUUCUUAUUAAGCUGAGUGGUGAUUUAACUCAUUUUUGUCCACCUCACCCUCCAUCCCUCAGUCUAUUUGUUGUGUGCUUUUGAGCCACCUUUCAAUGUAUUUCCAGCAAGAAAACUUGGCUUCCAAAGAAUAACUUUAAAAGUCUACAAGAGAGUGGAACCAUGAAAUAACAUUAUAGAGGGAAAAGCCUGUACCUUAACCUAUUAACUGAAAACAUUCAAACGUUGGUGGUGCAUCUGCUUGUGGAAUACAUUCUCCAUUAACAUUUAUUAUCACUUGGGGGGAAGGGGUGGGGGAGGUAUCCUGUAAGGGUUCUUAGUCAUCAUUAUAUUUGUUUCUUUGAACAAAUUUCUAUGUACAUCCUUUGAUCCCCACACCUUCCUUUUAGUCUUCCCACUAAGCAAAGAGAAUAAAAAAAAAACCUGUGUGAGUUUUCUCUCCUAUCCAGUAGAUUGUGGUCAUAUAUAUUAGCAUUACUAAAUGGGGCCAGAUGAUCUUGUUUACAAAUUAGUUUGCCCAAGGUGAGUUCUUUCAGAACUAUGAAUACACUGAUAUUCAGUUUGCUGUGGUUUUAAGUUAUAAAGUCAGGCAGAAAAGUGCCUGAGCAGCCAGGGACUGCAUAAUUAAAACUUUGAAAGAUCGUGUCUUAUUUGGAACUGAUGAAAACUAUGCAUUUUUUUUUGGUCACUAGAAAAGCAUCCAUCAUCCAUUUAAAGCAUACGUGAGACACCGAUGGCAUAGUGUCCUGGUGCCUCCUUUUCACUGUCCUCCAUACAAGAGCCACAAAGAAAGACCAGCAGCAGCUGGUUCAAAAGACAUUUGAGGUUCUUCUUGUUAAACUGAGAUUGGGAUGUUGUUUCCCUUAGCAUCCCCCUCUGUACUCACAUUUAUGUUUUGUCUUUUCUUUUUCCCUCUUAGUCAGCAGAUUGUUUAUUUUCCAUGUAGACUUGUCAAAUAUUGAGAUUGGGAUAGUAUACUACAAUACUUUGUGAAUUAACUGACAAAUUGUUUGUGGCUUUUCAUUUUGUCUAGAUUGUGAACUUUUAUUACUUAGUGUUUUCUGUGCAGUUAUUACAUAUACAGUAGAAAAGAAGUCCAUCAGUUCUUGGAUUUGGUUCGAUUGAGUCAAGUUACUAUUCUUCCUUGUAUAUAUGAAUGGGCAAAGCUCUCAUUGUAACAUGGUAAGCUUGUGAGGCAGAUUUCAGUCUUGCCCCCCUCAACACCAGCAUUACAAUAGGGUGCUUCAGCUACCAUCUCAUGUGGCUGUGAGGAGGCCCUUGGGGUUUGUAUUCAUCUUGACUUUAUUUCUUUCUAAGUCUUGUCUGCUGCUCACCAGAAAAUCCAUUUUAAAGUCAAGUCUGCGACCUGUCAAACUGGGCAAAAGCUCCUGCACCUUGAGAAGCUAAGAAACAAGAAUAGGCUAUUAUUCAUAAAGGAUCACACAUCAUGUUUGAUUUUCAUGUAUAUUCUACUUUUUUUGAUUGGGGGAUAUUUUUAUUCAAUAUUUGAAGAUGUGCCUUUUUAUUAGUAAGGUUAAUUUGUGAAUGUAGUAAGUACUAAAAUUAUAAUGGGUGCAGCAUUUCUUAAAUUAAUAAUGUGAAAGUAGUUUUCAUAAAACCCCAAUGUGGCUUUGAUUGCACAAUUACUGUCUAUGCUGUUGCUAAGUCAAAGUAAGGGCACUUUCUAUUUAAAAUUACUUCCAGAAAUUAUCUUUGUCUUUAUACUGUAAAUGUUAUGUAAUGUCCGCUGGGAGGCCAGGGUACUGCAUAUCACAGGCAGCCUUAGAUAAAGAAGACUGUAUGCUGUGAAGGAGUGGGAAUGGGAGUUGGAGGAGUAUAUCAGAUUACCUGUCUAUGAGAAGCUGUUAAAUUUUUUAUGUAAAUCUGAAGAUUUUCUCUGAGAAAAAUUAUUUUUAUUCUGUUUUGCAUUUUGUAAUUUAAAAGUGGCUGCAGAACAUUUCUGAAGUAUAGUAGGAGACCAAAACACACUUGGAAAGAGAAUAAAUAUAUGAAGAGAGACUGCUUGUUUUAUUUUUGAUGUUUGAAUGUAUCAGACUAACAUUUGGUGAGUGGAUGUGAUGCAAUAUGUUCAAAGUGUUUGUAUAUUGAGGGUAGCCCUAGAUUUUCUUUGAGGUUAUUGUUCAGAUCGUUGUGUCUUUAACACAAUGUGACAAAUCAGGUUAAAAAAAAAACCUUUUUACAUAGUUCUUUUUCUGGUGCUGUUGAAGUGCGAGAGUACUUUUGCACACGCAGAAAUAUAGAUGAAAGUUUUUCAAUUGAUGUAUAAAAGAAAUAGGUAUUAAAAAAUUCAUUUAUACUUUCA